UUUUAUUUAGAUGGUGAACGUAACUUAUGUGAACCUUUUUUUAUAUGUAGAAAUCAUUUCCUCUUCCUUGUAUACUUGGAAGUCUGAAGUGUGAACUUCCGAAACAACGCCAUGGCGUUUCCGAAACCCCGUCAGAGCCAUCACCUCUCUUUCCUCUCUCCGCCACUCCUCCGCCGCUUCUGCUCCCUCCCUCCGCCGUCACCUCGCGACGAAAGCGACGCCGAACUGAUCUCGAAGCUCCUCCUGCAGCACCACAACCCCUUCCACGCCACCGAGUCUCCCCUCCAGCUCCACGGCAUCACCCUCACCCCCACCCUCCUCUUCCACACCCUCCUCCGCCUCAAAAACCACUCCAAAAUCGCCCUCUCCCUCUUCCACUACGCCAAAACCCUCCCCAACCCCCCUCUCUCCCACUCCUCCUUCACCCUCCUCAUCGACACCAUGGCUAAGGUUCGCCAAUUCGACGUCGCGUGGCAACUCAUCGUCGAAAUGGACCAACGCCACCACCUCACCCCAACCCCUUCCACUUUCCUAACCCUAAUUCGCCGCCUCAUCUGCGCCGGCCUCACGCGCCAAGCCGUACGCGCCUUCCACGACAUCGACGCCUUCUCAGAAACCAAAACGACACCCCAAGACUUCUGCGUUUUGCUCGACACGCUCUGCAAGUACGGCCACGUCAGACUCGCCGUCGAGGUUUUCAACAAAAACAAACACACUUUCCCCCCCACCGUGAAAAUGUACACCGUUUUGAUCUACGGCUGGUGCAAAAUAGGGAGGAUCAAAACGGCACAGUCGUUUUUAAACGAAAUGAUUGAUAAAGGAAUUGAGCCUAAUGUUGUUACUUAUAACGUUUUGUUGAAUGGAGUUUGUAGGAAGGUGAGUUUGCAUCCUGAGGAGAGGUUUGAGAGGACUAUAAGGAAUGCAGAGGAGGUGUUUGAUCAAAUGCGUGAGAGCGGGAUUGAGCCUGAUGUCACUAGCUUUUCGAUCUUGCUUCAUGUUUAUAGCCGCGCGCACAAGCCGCAGCUUGUGCUGGAUAAGCUGAGCUUGAUGAAGGAGAAAGGGAUAUGUCCCAAUGUGGUGAUGUACACCUCGGUUAUCAAGUGUCUUGCCUCGUGCGGGUGGCUUGAGGAUGCUGAGAGGUUGCUUGGUGAGAUGGUGAGGGAUGGGGUGAGUCCGUGUGCCGCGACUUAUAAUUGCUUCUUCAAGGAGUUUAGAGGGAGGAAGGAUGGGGAGAGUGCUUUGAGAAUGUUUAAGAGGAUGAAGGAGGAUGGAUUGUGCAUGCCGAGUUCGCAUACGUAUGUGAUUUUGAUAAGGAUGUUUUUGAGGUUGGACAUGAUCAAGGUUGUGAAGGAGAUAUGGCAGGAUAUGAAAGAGACAGGGGCGGGGCCGGAUUUGGAUUUGUAUACGGUUUUGAUACAUGGGUUGUGUGAGAGGCAGAGAUGGAGGGAGGCUUGCCAUUAUUUUGUUGAGAUGAUAGAGAAUGGGUUUCUUCCUCUGAAAGGUACCUUUGAGUCACUUUACAGGGGGCUGAUUCAGGCUGAUAUGUUGAGAACUUGGAGGAGGUUGAAGAAGAAGCUUGAUGAGGAAUCAAUCACGUUUGGUUCAGAGUUUCAGAAUUAUCAAUUGAAGCCCUACAGGAGAUAAGCUACAUUAUUACGCAUAAGGUCUGCUAUAAGCUAUUUCAAAACUACAAGAUUCCAGAAAGAGGAUGACUAAGUGGGAUAUAUUGGUCUGCACCUCAUGAUAUGGGUAAAGCUUGUGAAAAGAAAAAAGGCUCUUAUGGAAGAAAGUGGCAUUACAAGUUACAAUUCCACAGAAUGACAGAAAUCAAAACAUGGUGGUUGGAUGACAGAGCAUCCCAGAGAAUUCUCUUCUUUGAAGUCCAAAAGGAACAAACGGAGGUCUCUGGUAACAGUAACACCCAUCAAUUGAAAUUUGAAAGUACUAAAAUUCAUUCUUUUACUAGUGGAAGUUAUACUACAAGUUCUAAGACGAGGAAGGUUCACAAUGGAACCCCCUAAUUCAGGAGGAUCAGCCAAGGGCCAAGGCUUUUCAUCAUAGGUUCACAGCAUCUAGAUUUGACAACUCUGGUAGGGAUGGAUUGGGGAAGUUACUUACAAAUGGUGGUAGCUUUCUUGAUUAUACUCUAUUUGUAAACCAAUAAAAUCACUUCAUUUUGAAAUUCUUAAAUUUAUUUUCUUUUAUUCUUUCUAUACAUUGUAGUGACAAAUCUGUCAGCAAUAUCGAUCUUUGAAUUUGGUGGGGAAGGGGGGAGGGGGAUGGAACUGCACCCUGAACUGCUCUCCACCAUGUAUGUAAAGUUGGGUUCAUGAGUUAUGGUCUAUGAACUCACCUGUUUAACCCGCAA